CUGAAAAACAAAAAGGUUGAAAUACUGGAUAGCUCAUCCGCCAAAGGAGAUAGAUAUGGUCAAAUGGGAGAAAUUGUUCGAGAUAUGCUUCUAGAGUAUGUGAAAUACAGCCCAUUGGAGACAAAGGCCGCCAUGCUCGAAAGUGUUAAACCAAAACGUUUGGUCAUGAAAUGGAGGGAUGCCAAAAACAGUGAUGAUUAUGGAAUUUACUGCAUGAGGCAUAUGGAGACGUAUAAAGGCGAAGGCGUACAAGGUUGGGAGUGCGGGCUGGGCAAAAACGACAAGAAGAAGAUUGCAUCACUACGGUUUAAGUAUGUUGCUGCUAUGCUUUAUGCUGAUGCAAACGAGCUGAAAUUGGAAGUUUUUAAUCAGGCACGUGAGUACGGCAAGAAGAAAGAAAAAGCGAGAGGGAAAAAACCACGACCAUGAGAAGGGCUUUAAUUUUUAAUGAUGUG